GAAAGGGCAUAAGUCAACUUUUUUGAAGAAAUGAGUUACAUACAGGAUGCCAAUCUGUGGGUGUAUACGCAUCGUUUAGUUACUAAAAGGCACUAGUCUGAUGCAUGGAAGUGGGUUUACCGACCGCCAGAAAAUUUAGUUUAGUUAUGAAAAGGAAUUAGUCAGUGGACUUAUGUCCUUUCAUAACCAAAUGAUUACAGCUAUUAAUCAGUGGACUUAUGUCCUUUCAUAACCAUAUAAUUGCAGCUAGUUACAAAGAGAAAACAAAUAGCAGUAUACUCUUCCGACCUCUUUGGCAGUAUCAUGCAGUGUUGCAUGCUGGUAUAUUCUGCUAUCAUUUGUUUUGUUGUGUACUUUCAGUUACUUUUGGUUUGUUUACUAGUAGAAAAUGAGUGAAAUGGAGUCUAAUAAGACUUGUGUGGAAAAUGAUUGUAACCAUUCCAUGAAACGUAAAAAAGGUGUGCGAAAUGUGGAAGAAUACAAAUGUCAAAGAAUUAAACGAGCUCGUCUGCAAGGAAAGGAGUAUGCAAACUACAGAGGGAAUGUUGUGAAAACUAAAAGUACUACCGAGUCGUGCAGAUGUGCAAGAAAAUGCUAUGACAAGAUUGACAUUGCACAGAGAGGGAAAUUACUUGAUGCUAUACAUUCCUUUUCAUGCAAGAAUGAGCAAGACAUCUAUCUUCAAGGUUUGCUUGACGCUGUGCCAAUUAAACAUCGCCGACCAAGGAAUGGUGACAAGUCUGGAAAAAGGUCAUCCUCCUUCACUUUCCAUGUAGUUAUUCAAGAACGAAGAGUGAAAGUGUGCAAGAAAGCAUUCAUUCAGUUAUAUGGAGUAUCUGCCAAGAGGGUAAGGAGACUGCAAACAUUGUUACUAUGUGGACAAACUCCAAAAGACAUGCGAGGCCAACAAAACAAUAGGAAGUCGGUGCCUGUUGGUGAUGUUCAGGCCAUCAAAGACCACAUAUCUUCAUUUCCUGUCAAGAUAAGCCACCAUGCAUCCAAAGAAUAUAAAUAUCUUGAUGCGCAGUUGUAUAUAAAGAAGAUGCAUACACUGUUCAAAGAGAAAUUUCCUGAUUGUAAAGUUAAGUAUUCUUUCUAUUACAAGAUUUUCAGGGAAAAUUUCAAUCUCCACUUUGGGAGACCACAGAUAGACACCUGUGGAGAAUGUGAACAACUGAAGGUCAAGAUAAAAAAUCCUAAUCUUAAUGAAUGUGCUAAGCGAGUUGCCAUGGCCGAGCUGGCCAUUCAUGAAAGAAGGAGUAACAAGUUUUACACAAGCAUGAAAGACACGAAACACAUUUGCAAAAACAAUGAUAGUGUGUUAGGGUUAACGUUUGAUUAUAUGCAGAACAUUUCACUGCCCUGCAUUCCAGUACAAGAGCUUUUUUACUAUCGCCAGCUUUCGGUGUUUCCCUUUGCCAUACAUAACCUGAAAACAGAUGAGGCGAGUUUAUUUUUAUAUCACGAAGGGCAGGCAAAUAAAGGGCCAAAUGAAACAUGCUCUUUUCUCCACAAAUACAUAAGUGACAACGUGCCUCCAUGUGUUAAAGAACUGCACCUUUACAGUGAUGCUUGCGGAGGGCAGAAUAAGAACAAUUGCAUGGUAAGAUUCUUGUUAUCACUUACUGACACCAACAGAUUUGACAUUAUUAUCCAUCGGUUUCCGAUACGUGGUCAUUCAUAUCUUGCUUGCGAUCGUGAUUUUGCACUGGUGAAACGUGUUCUUAAAAAGACUGAUAGAUACUAUGUACCCAUGGAGUGCUGGAAUCUGAGGCACGAGGAAUGUUUACAUCCGACCGCUCGUGAAGAGGCGUGGAUGUUUGGCUUUACAUGUGAACCGUGCCGAAUGAAGCUGUACUGUGCGGACGCCGACACGUUGCCAUUGCGUGAGACGACAGUUCAACAGACGCAGCCACACCAGACGCCGCCCCAACUGUUGCAACCACACCAGACGCCGCCGCAACUGACGCAACCGCACCAGACCCCGCCGCAACAGACGCAGCCGCAACCGACGCUACCACUCCAGACGCCGCCUCCGGCGUCGCCGCCCCCUGCUGACCAGUGGAUUGCUGGUGCGACGCCAGGCAGCAUCAUCAGCGAGACAACACACCGCAAGACUGCCGAGUCAACGCCAUACCAUGCCAUGGUCAUCACACCACCACCACCGACUACGCCGCCCCCAACUGCCGUGAAGGCUCACAGUGGGCUGACGCGGUGCGAACCGGCCGUGCUGCCACGUCCACCAGAGGACAAAACAACACAAGACCACCUGGAGGAACUACCCCGACGGCGCCGCCCACGGGUGCUGAGAAAGCUGCUGCCACGGAACGGCAUCGCAAAACGACAAUUUUGCAACACUCUCAAGGGAAUCAGCCACCUGUCGAGCCAUUCACAGUCAACCCGGCGCCACCUACACCCAUCACACGUGCCGCUGAAGGCACUUCCACACCGCCGCGGCCCGCCACGCGCACCACCUGGGGCACGCCGCUGCCUGAUGCAGAAGUCGCCGCCACACCGCCGCCACCCGCCACGCGAGCCACCUGGGGCGCGCCGACACCUGCCGCGGAAGGCGCCGCCACACCACCGCCACACCACCGCCACCUGCCACGUGCACCACCUGGGGCACGACGCCGCCCGCCACGCGCACCACCUGGGGCACGCCGCCGCCUGA